AUCUAUCCAUGUCUUCAUGCUGGUCAGCACGUCUUCCAGCAUUCAUCAGUCAGAGGCCGGACUUCCAGGUCGCCUAACAUCACGGCUUCGACAUGGCUGGACCGCUCGGGGAUCUACCGGGGAUGACCUUUGAUCCGAUCAGGAAUCGCUACUUUCCGACCCCACCAGUACCUGUAGCUUCUGCUGGUCCCUCAAGAAGAUCUGUUCAGCCACGAUCGUCAUUGGGGAAGAAUUCGACCGGAAAAGAGAUAGACAAAAGGGGGUUCAAGCGUACCUUGGCCGAUGGAUCGAAGGGAUAUGGCAGACAGCGUAUUGUUUCUACGGAAACACCGGUGGGAUGCGCACGGAUCACAUCCCGCUUUUCAGGUACGGCUGGACUUUCUCAGAGUCUAAGCUGGAAAGUGGGAGAUGUUGGGGGCCAUCGAUCAUUCUUGCGAAGCGGACGGUUCUUGGGUCUCGAAGAGAACGAGGUCUACGGAGACAAGGCCUACGAUUAUCCGACUACGAUAUUGAGAUCGGUACCGGAUGAGCCGACACAUGUCAUGAUGGGCAGCGAGGCCGUCCAAGGACGUUCUCAGCCGCCGACAAACAGAACCCUGGUUCGGAGGUAUCGAUGGAAGACAUAUGACAUGGCCUCCUCAAUCAGCGGUAUCGCUUGCGAAAAGGACUAUUUCAUCGCUACAAGCUUCGGACCUAAACCCUCCCUCGUCAUCUGCCCCGAGUAUCCACCUUUCUUCUCUUCUCAACAACGAUACGCCGAACAGACAACUAGAUCGACGAUCCACUACAACCUCAAGCAACUCACGGAUGCCUGGUGUAUGGACAGCGUAUCAGGGUCGGUCGUGAUAGGAGGUGAUGGCAAGAUGCUCUACUCUUCCGAUUUGUCGAGACCUCAGGGAAGUUUUCGGACGGUUCCUGUCGGAGGAAGCGCCAUCUAUGCGGUCAAACACGUCAAUAAGAACGAAGCGUAUAUCGGGUUGCGGUCUGGCAAGAUCCUGCAUCACGACUUCAGGACCAGUUCUGCCCCACAACCAGUCUCGGAGCCCAAGGAAAAGGGUGAUCCGGUGAUCAACCUGAUAGGGCUGGAGAGCUCGUUUGGAUGCGGUCGAGGGUUGAUAGUGGGCAGGAUGGGAAGCGAGAUGUCGCUUUUCGACCUACGUUUUUCGACUGCAGGACCGGCUGUGCGUUUUGCAGGGCACAUCAAUACUACCUUUCGUCAUAGAUUGGGGACGGCCGUAGACGGCAGCCAAACAAAGAUCCUAGCGGCCGGUACGGACAACCGAGUUCGCGGCUGGGACUUGUACACGGGGGAACCCAUCUGCACACAUACGGCGGAAUCCGGUGGGAUACUGACCAAGGUCUUCUCCGACCCCGUGGCAGGAUUGCUCGUUCAAGGCGAUGGAAGCAUAUACGCUGCGGCCGGAAAGACAUUGAGCGUCUUCGGAUCAGCAGUCGGGACGUGAGAAAGGUUUGCCAGGACAUGAUGUUUACGAAGGAGGCUCGCGCUCGUUCACGACUGUCUGUAUCAACAUUGACGUUGCACUU